AUGGACAAAUCAGGUGAGAUUCAAAAGGAGCAACAACAUGCGAUUGGAAUUGCACCAUCUGCUAGCCAAAUGGCCUAUUCUCACAACCAGAAUGAUCCUUCGGUAGCUUCUGGCACGCCUUUUGUAGCUGCUGUUCCUACCCCAGCUCAACCUCCAGCCGCGUUCUCUAAUUCCGUCAACCAAUUGGCAUACCUGCAAGCACAACACUUCCACCACCAACAACAGCAGCAGCAAGAUUUCGGUCCCCAACAGCAGCAGCAAGAUUUCGGCCAUCAACUACAGCAGCAGAAAGGUUUCCACGAUCCACUACAGCAGCAGCAAUAUUUCGGCCACCAACAGAAGCAGCAAGAUUCCGGCCAUCAACUACAGCAGCAGAAAGGCUUCUGCGAUCCACUACAGCAGCAGCAAGAUUUCGGCCACCAACAGAAGCAGCAAGAUUUCGGCCAUCAACUACAGCAGCAGAAAGGUUUCCGCGAUCCACUAAAGCAGCAGCAAUGUUUCGGCCACCAACAGAAGCAGCAAGAUUUCGGCCAUCAACUUCAGAAGCAGAAAGAUUUCCACAUUCCACUACAGCAGCAGCAAUAUUUUGGCCACCAACAGAAGCAGCAAGAUUUCGACCAUCAACUACAGAAGCAGCUUAAGGUGUUCUGGGCUAACCAAAUGCAAGAAAUUGGCCAAACAUGUUCCUUUUCAAGACCUAGUUUGCCACUUCAAAAUAUAAAGAGAAUAAUGAGAAUGGAUGAAGAUGUUCGGAUGAUUUCAGCAGAAGCUCCAGUCUUAUUUGCAAAAGCAGCUGAAAUGUUUAUAUUAGAUUUGACUUUGCGAGCUUGGAUUCAUAAGGUGAACAAAAGAAGUACAAUACAAAAGAAUGAUGUAGCAGGUGCUAUUGCAAGUAGUUUUGUUUUCGACUUCUUGAUUGAUCCAAAAGAUGAAUUGAAAGAAGAGGAAAGACCUGGAAUUGCAGAGUCUACUAUUCCAAUAUCAGAGGGGCUUGGAACUGCACAGUCCACUAUUCCAACACAAGAGGAGCUUGAAUUUGCACUGUCUACUAUUCCAAUAUCAGAGGAGCUUGGAAUUGCACAAUCUACUAUUCGAACACAAGAGAAGCUUGAAUUUGCACAGUGUACUAUUCCAAUAGAAGAGGGGCAUGGAUUUGCACAGUGUACUAUUCCAAUAGAAGAGGGGCAUGGAUUUACACAGUCUACUCCUCUAACACAAGAGAAGCUUGGAACUGCACAGUCCACUAUUCCAACACAAGAGGAGCUUGAAUUUGCACAGUCUACUAUUCCAAUAUCAGAGGAGCUUGGAAUUGCACAAUCUACUAUUCGAACACAAGAGAAGCUUGAAUUUGCACAGUGUACUAUUCCAAUAGAAGAGGGGCAUGGAUUUGCACAGUGUACUAUUCCAAUAGAAGAGGGGCAUGGAUUUACACAGUCUACUCCUCUAACACAAGAGGAGCUUGAAUUUUCACAGUUUACUAUUCCAAUGGAAGAGGAGUUUGAAUUUCCAGACUUUACUAUUCCAAUAGAAGAGGAGUUUGAAUUUCCAGACUUUACUAUUCCAAUAGAAGAGGAGCUUGGAUUUGCACAGUCUAAUAUUCCAAUGAUGGAUCCUGCAGCUGAUCUUCCAUCUUAUUAUGUCCCACCACAGCAUCCUGUAGGUUCUACCGGGGUGACCAUGGGAAAUCCAGUUGAUCAAGCAGCACUAUAUUCUACCCUGCAGCCUCAACCGCCAAAUCCAAACCCACAGCCACCGCAACAACAAAGUACAACACUAUAUUCUACCCAGCAACCUUGA